AUCGCAUAUGUGUAACCGCUUUUUCGGAAGCUGAUAUUAUCAAGGCAAAAAGCUUGUUGUUCGAGGCGGUAACUAGUUCAACCAAACUAGUAACACGCAAAGGAGAAGGUAAAUCGGCCCGGAAUAUCGAAGAUAUUAUUUGCCUGUUAAAAGAAAGUGUUACCGAAGAUCUACCCAUUUUUGUGGCGCGAGACUUACACAAACUGCCGCCUGUGCUUUUCGAGCACCUGGAUGCUACAAGAAUUCUAAAAGAAAUGGCUAGUAUGCGCAAUGACAUCGAGCUAAUGCAAGAACAAAGUGCCACAAAGAAGGAGCUAGACCUAUUGAAAAAAGAACUGGACGAUCUUAAAGCAGCGUCGUUGGUAAACAAUUAUUGUCAAAAUGUAAACAGCAGGCGUGGUGCCUGUUUAGCUAGCAGUUUCGACUAUCAGAGUGGUCCUAUGGGAUUGCCCCACUCGUGUAAUGAAAGUUUAUCUCCUAAGGAAAUACAGCGCCCGUCAGUGGCAAUGUGUCCCGAAAUCAGUAAAAGUGACUGUAAUAAAUCACAAGAGGGUAGGGAAAUAAUAAUGCAGUCGGCGGCGAAAUUUCGACCGUUACCAUGUCAGCUAUCAACGGAUAAAGAUUCGGCCCCGUCGGCAAUUACUAUUAACGAGCGAAAUAAUAACGAACAAAGAAUGCAUGAAUCAGGUAACAGCUGUAUAUCGCAAUUAUUGCCUUCUAAGCAGUGCGAUUUACCUGCAUCUGCGAUGGUAGCGGGACACACGGGUGCCGCGGUCGACGAACAAAAAUUGCCCGAGCCCCUACAAUAUUCGGAGAUAGCCAAACGGGGUGAAUGGAAACCUCAGACCAAAGAUGAACAAUGGAAAACUAUUGAAAGAAACAGACUUAAAAAUAAAUUUAUUGGAAAUAGAGGAAAAGCAACAACAAACCCUAGUACGAAGUUCAAAGCAGCCGAUAUUAAAGUCCCUAUUUAUAUCUACGACGUAGCGAAGGAUACGGCCAUGAAUGACAUUUUGGAUUAUAUAAAGAGCAAAACGAAUGUCGCAGUUACUUUAGAGAAAAUUAAUAUGAGGAGGCAGAAGGACUACAACGCUUUUAAAGUUUACGUGCCCAAGCAUAAAUUAAAUAUAUUUUUGCACGACGACUUCUGGCCAGAGGGUAUUGCGUUUCGACGCUUUAUCAAUUUCAAGAAUAAGAAUGAAAAUAGCCAUGGAGAAUUUGAAAGCCAAAAAACAUAA